CGCCGCUCUUUUCAGGUCGCGCCCGCUCUGAGAAACGAGCCGAGAGCCCGCCGAGGGUUGUCGUGAGAUGGCCGCGCCGUGGGCGUUCUAAAGCGCCAAGCCCCGGGCCGGAAAGUGCCAAGCCGCCCGCCUUUCUCUUCAGUGUUUUUUCACCGCCUCCACAAAUAACAGCGGAGCGCAUGGCGCGCCACUCGUUUGCGGCGGGAAACGGGCCGACCGCGGCGGCCGAUCCCGCCGCCCCGACGGAGUCCCUUUCGGGGGCGUGCGCCCUCCGCGUGUUGUUGAGUAAGGCCGCGAGAGGCAUGCCGCCGGUCAUAAAAGCGCGGCGGCGGCCGUGUUCUUGCAGUUCGAAGAUGGCCGCGGCGUCAUCCGGUCACGGGAUGGAAAAGCGGGGGCGGCCAUUGGCAUCGGCGCGCCCCGAUUGCCGAAGACGAAGGACGCGCGCCGUAUGAUUGGCGGUGGGCGGGGCCGCUUGGGCCAAAACGCUUGCCGGGCAUCGGGAACGAAUACAGCCCCCGCGCGCACCCGUUGCGCCAUGCCCGAGCGGAUACAUAUCCGCGGGGGGCCAUGCUUGUUGCGGCCGGCGCCCGCGCCGCGGGUGGGAGUCUAGCCCGCGCGCCCGUGUUGGGCCGCGCCGUGUUGUGUCGCGCAGGCAGCGCGGCCCUAUCUUGCCUGGGCUAUCUUCGCUCUAUGACCCAGCACGCGCCCCAGAGCAUCAUAGCGCGCAAGAAUCUCCGGACGACAAUGCUGGCGGCCCAGCGAACAGAUGGCCGUCAUGAGCAGCCUCGGCCCGCUACCUCUUUGGACACUCCCCCACGCACCCGGCGCCCUGCCUUUGUGUAGUCGUAGCAAGCUAGGCGGCAGAAGGUCGCCGCUGCCUCCUCUUCCCCGUCGGCCGGGGAGCGGAGUAACCCUGCCGCCGCCACGUACGCGGGGCCUUGGCUUGCCUCCCGGGGCCGCCGGCCCGGCUCCCCGAUCUGAC